AAACAGCAGCAGCUUCUCAAUGAGUUUCUGCAGCUGAGACACACACAGGGCACAUGGAGGCCAGGGAUCCGUCCCCGCUGCGGCGCUUCGUGGUGGCGAAGCGCUCCAUCAGCGGCCUGUUCGACCAGCUGCUGGACUUCGUGAGGGACGGCUCCGCCUUCGUCGACGACACGUGGCGGAGCAGCGACCUGGGCCAGGUGGCGGUGGAGGAGCAGAGCCUGGAGAUGCAGACCUGCGCCACCAAACUGGCAACCAUCAGGGAGGUGCUGGCCCGCAGACACAUGAAGGUGGCCUUCUUUGGCAGGACGAGUAACGGGAAGAGCACGGUGAUCAACGCCAUGCUGAGGGACCGCGUGCUGCCCAGCGGCAUCGGCCACACCACCAACUGCUUCCUGAGCGUGGAGGGCACCGACGGGGACGAGGCCUUCCUCACCACCGAGGCCUCCAGCGAGAGGAGGAGCGUCUCUACGGUGAACCAGCUGGCUCAUGCUCUCCACAUGGAUCCCACUCUGGACUCCGGCAGCCUGGUGAAGGUGUUCUGGCCUAAAAGUCGCUGUGCUCUGCUGAGGGACGACCUGGUUCUGAUGGACAGUCCCGGCACUGACGUGACCCUGGAGCUCGACAGCUGGAUCGACAAGUUCUGCCUGGACGCCGACGUCUUCGUGCUGGUGGGGAACUCAGAGUCCACACUGAUGAACACGGAGAAACUCUUCUUCCACAAAGUCAGCGAGCGGAUUUCCAAACCCAACAUCUUCAUCCUGCACAACAGAUGGGACGCCUCGGUGACCGAGCCCGAGUACAUCGAGGAGGUGAGGAGGCAGCACCUGGACCGCUGCGUGAGCUUCCUGGCCGACGAGCUGGGCGUGGUCGGCCUGGACGAGGCUCCCGGACGCAUCUUCUUCGUCUCGGCCAAGGAGGUCCUGAGCUGCAGGAUGCAGCGGGCGCAGGGCAUGCCCGAGACAGGUGGCGCUCUAGCGGAGGGCUUCCAUGAGAGACUGAGGGAGUUCCAGAACUUCGAGAGGACGUUUGAGGAGUUCAUCUCGCAGUCUGCGGUCAAAACCAAGUUUGAGCAGCACACGGUGCGAGCCUGGCAGAUCACCGAGGCCAUCAAAGCCGUCAUGGACGCCAUCAACAUCGCCUCCGCCGACAGGAAGAUCUACUACCUGGAGGAGAGAGAGGAGCAGAGGGACCAGCUGGACUUUGUACGUGGGCAGAUUAACCGUCUGACCGAUAGCGUCAAAGAGCGGAUCAAGACUCUUUCAGACGACGUGGCUGCCAAGGUGGCCGUGGCUCUGGCAGACCAGAUCCGAAGUCUCCCUGUGCUGGUGGACGAGUUCAGGGCCGACUUCAACCCGACGCAGGAAACACUGGACCUCUACAAAGCUAAGCUGCUGGUUCAUGUGGAGGAGCGUCUGAUUGGCUGUCUUGCGUACCGCUGCUCCUCCAGCAUCCUGACAGACAUUCAGGCCACGCAGAGCUACAUGAUCGAGAGCGUCCGUCCUCUGCUGUCUCUGGCCGUUCAGGAGCAGUUCAGCGUUCCCGGCUCCAAGUUUGAACUGACCUACGACCUUGGCCUGGCGUCGCUCUGCGCAGACUUCCAGGAGAACAUCGACUUCCAGUUCUCUCUGGGCUGGACCGCCCUCGUCACCAGGUUCAUCGGACCCACCAACGCCAAGCGGGCGCUGGCGAGCGGCGACCCCAGGUUCCAGGAAGAGCCCACCUUCAAGGAUGAGAUGGUGGUUUCCAUAGCGACAGGUCUGGUCUCGCUCACAUCGCGGGCGUCCAUGACAGUGCUGGUGAUUGGUGGAGUGGUUUGGCGUUCGGUGGGCUGGCGGAUCAUCGCGCUCUCCCUGUCGCUGUACGGCCUGCUCUACCUGUACGAGAAGCUCACCUGGACCAACGCCAGCCGCGAGCGAGUGCUCAAGCAGCAGUUUGUGGAGCACGCCACCCAGCGGCUGAGGACCAUCAUCCCCGUCACCAGCUCCAGCUGCAGCCAGCAGGUCCACAAGGAGCUGGCGGCGACGUUCAGCCGCCUCACUCAGCGCGUCGACCUGAGCGAAGCCGAGCUGGAAGGAAACAUCCGGCAGCUGUGCCUCAGAAUCCAGAGGCUGGAGAGCAUCCAGAGGAGAUCCAAGGCCUUCAGGAACAGAGCCACCGAGCUGGAGUCCCAGCUGGAGGCGUUCUGUGCUCAGUACCUGCAGGGAAACUGACGAGCACGACGGGGAGUUCACACAAGGAGGAGGGAACACGUAACCAGCGCCCCCUGCUGGUUACAGUCAUAACAUCCAGUACAAUAAAACUUGAUAAAGCUCUGUUUAGCUGCAACUACAAUCAGCGAGGGAGGUUAUCUGUAUGUGGACUUUUAGAAGCAGUGUGUUAUGAAAACUGAUGGCAGCGCAUCUCUGUUGUCUCAGGUAUUAAAUGUAGUGUGUGUGUCUGUUUGUGUGUGUGUGUGUGUGUGUGUUUGAUGCAGAAAGCCUAACACACUGCACAGGUAGACAGCAGGAUGGCCUCAGGCUCGGUUGUUAGUUUCUUAAACUUUGCCAAAGAGCAAACUCACUGCUGCGUGCAGGUUUCAGAUGUUUUUAGUGAAAUCCGUCGGCUGUGUUUUGAUUCUGCUGAUAUGAAGCUGGACUGAAGAGUUUGUUUCUAGAACGCACAACAGCACAUUAGGGCCACCUCAGGGGAAAAAAGAAUCAUUGGAAAAAAAAUCUGAAUUUCCAAGAUAAAUGUUGUAAAUCUACAAGAAAAAAAAC